AUGGGAAGCCUGUCAGAUCUGCCGGAAGAGACUGUUCAUCACAUACUUUCUUAUCUCAAAUUCACACCCAAACAAGCUAUCCGAUUAAGUAUCUUAUCAAAGCAGUUGUUGAGCGCGUUCCACACAAGCCCUAGUUUGGAUUUUGAUUUGCGGCGCUUUCCAGGAGAUCGUCAGUUUUCCGUAGAGCAACACUUGUAUGUAUUGCUCACUUUGGAACGGUACAAACAACAAAAUAUUGGUUUGGAGAAGUUGAAAUUGCAGUCUGAGGACUUUAUCUUGCUGCCUCGUUCUUUUUUUCAAGUUACAACGUUGGAGGAGUUAUCUUUAAAGGGCUGUAAAUUGAUGGAAUUGGAGAGAUUCGCAACUAUAAAGUGGCCUAACCUCAAAAGGCUAUCUCUGGUCGAAAUAUCUUUGUCCACAACCACAUUUGGGUGUAUAGUCAAGGGUUGUCCUGUAAUUGAAACUUUGGAGAUUAAAGAUUGCGGGUAUACCGGGCAAUUAAAUAUCAAGCUUACUAAUUUUCACAGGCUUCGGGAAAUUGAUAUUAGUUUACUUUACAAGCAAACUGUUGAAGUGGAUGAAGCGCCGAAUUUGGAAUCUGUAGCUUGUAAAUUCCACCACUCAGAAGAUACGGCAGCUUCUAAACGGCUCAAUUUUCAUAAAUCAGCAUACCAAAAUGUGAGAAGUUUGUUCCUCGAUCAUAGGUCGGGAGAUAGUUUUUCCAUGGACUACUGGACACGAAAAUUCCCGCGACUUGAAGAGUUAUCACUCGAAGGUUUCUCAAAAUUAACAACAAUCGAUAUCGCGAGUCCAACACUGAAGAGAAUACAUCUUGUAAACAUCUUCAAUUUGGAAGAGGCUUACUUCGAUCUGGCUUGCAUUGCUGUGUUUGAUUACAGACACGAUGUUUACCGCAAAAGUGUGACGAUCCCCAAGGUGUCAUUUAAUGGCGUUUCAGGCAAAUGGAUCUCUCACAUCAAAUUAGGACGCCUCCAGCACAUUGAAGGGUUGUUACACCUGAAUAAUUUCCUCACAGCAAUCAAAGGGUCUGAAAUUUCCAUUACAGUUGAGCUCUCAAACAAAGUGGAUGCAGAUCAUUAUGUAGCUCACUCCUGCCCGGAAGUUGAAGAAUUUUGUAUAAUGCAAAGGGAGUUUUCAUACAUUUCUCCUCAUUGUGCCAUUUUGCGGGGUAUUUUCGGGAUUUGUCACCCUCGAACCAUCAGUUACCAAUUUUACAGCGAGUACGAUGAGUUCUCUAAGCCAUUUUAUGAUAUGUUGAUAUCGAAAAGUUAUGAUUAUGACGCUGACACUUCAUUUUUUCUGCUCCCUAAGUUGUGGAAAUUGACAGAAAUUGAGAUCUUUGAAUCUCGUAGUAUCGAUAGACAUGGCACCCACUGCUCCAGAAGAGGACGAGGUUUGAAGAUAUGUCAACCAUUUCCGAAAUUCUGGAAAUUUCGGAGAGAAUUGAAGGCUUAUUUAAAGGAGAGUAAGAAAAGUAUGGCUGAAAUAACCAUUAGUUUCAACUUGGAAUGGAUGGAGAAAUCGUCAGCUGUGAUAUGCAAACCAAAAGAGCAUAGAGAUUGGGCAAAAAAAGAAAAGUUCCACUACCUAGCUAGAUCGUUUUCAUGA